AAUCAUACAUUUGGAAAAGUUGUUAUUAGCUCAGUCCAAAAAGGAAAAACUGUAAGUGACCUUAAAAGUACGAAUUCAAUGAGAGUUGAGGACAAGAGCAUCAAAGGUAUGAGGUCUUUGAAUCCUUUUUCCAAUGAGGGCAUGUUAGCAAUACAAUUGUCUAGAUAUCAAGAAAGACAUUUUACCCCUUACAACAUCCACCCACCAUUUCUCUUGCAUGAAAAUCCAUGUAUCUACAAUGGAUCAUUCUUGCCUCAUCAUCAAUUGAAGGAGUCCUCUGGUAUUUAUAUGAGUGAUUUUCCUGAAAUUCAAAGCUCCCGACAACAUGUUUCUUGCUUUAAGGAUCAAAGUGUAUCUCUUGGACUCCAACAGAAGAAAAGAAAGGCUCAUGCACUUGAAAAACUUGGAAGAAGAAAAUUGCAGCAGUCUACAUCUUCAAGUGGCAUUCUACACAUUGCUAGAAAUUCUGGUUCAAAAAUUGAUAUGAUGCAGGAUGAUAAUAUUUCCAAAACAUUAGACAUGAGGAGCUAUUAUACCCCUACAACUAUAUUGCCUGUCAUUAGAAUUUCUAAAGAGAAUCCUCCUUGUCUUUUUAAUCAAAAUCCUGUUGAUAUUGCGGAUGCUGAUGAUGAAAGGUACUUCAGAACUAUUAAGGAUCAAAGAAUUCGGGACAAGAGUUCUUUGCGGGAAAACUAGAGUUGAAGUAAAGUCGGAUGGAUGGUAGAUGCAAAGGAGAAAGGAAAGGCAGGGAAGAAUGCUAGUUGUUCGUUUGAAAUAUUAAUUCUUCUAGGGAUAUAAUAGUUGUUAAUUCAACUAUUGUCACCAAAACAUAUAUCUUUGUUCGUUUCGAACUUAAUCUUAUACAAACGGUUUAAUGAGACAAAUCAACUUUGAUGUUCAUCUUUUGUUUUUCUGGUAUAUGCAUAAUGUAUUGAUUCUUUUAUGUUAGAAAUGUUUUAGGUGACUCUUUAAACUUCUUCGGUUAGUGAAAAACACUUGUUGAAUUUUGUCAGCUAUUAUUUUAGUGCAAGCUACUAUUUUAGUGCAAAGUGUCACGUCUCGUCACUUUGCUUCUCAAAUUCGGCACCGAAAUAGGGAGAAGAACUAGAGUUACAGAGAGGCUUAUGGAGAACUCUAGAACCCCUUAGAUAUUUUAAGAAGACUUUGGAAUUUCCUAGAAAUGGUAGAGAAUUCUAGAAUGUGGACUAAAGUGUAAUAUUGUAGGAACUUGUAAAGUAAUUAUUAUUUACACUUAGACCCUUAGAGAAUAGUAUAAAUGGAUGGCCUCCCAUUUGCAAAAUCAUCCAACAAAGUGUAAGCAAUCUUUCACAAAGCAAUACAAAACCUUCUUUCAAAGUUCUCAGAUCAAUCCAGGAGAAAUAGUUUCACCAACCUCACCCAAUCAUUGACCUGAAUCAUAGCUCAAUACUACAAAGAAAUCAACGACCUUUAAAGGUUACCGAAAAAAGAGCAUCAACUUAUAAAUUUGCAUGAAAGGAAUUAUCCUCAAACCCAAAAUGGAGUAUUUCCAUGGAGAUGGUUACAGAAAAAAAGAGCAUGAACUUAUAUGCCACCAACAGGUAAUAUGA